AUGGAGAACGAAAUCAAAGCCAAAUCCACUGCAUCUGCAACAUUAGAGAUCGAAAUCAAAGCCAAAUCGAUGGAUUUGGGAGGGAGGGAGGGAAACCUACUCAUAGGCCUACAGCUUCGAGGCCGGAUGCGCAGCCGCCAGGGGACGGGGGUCAUGCCACUGCUCGGGGUGCACGCUGCCGCACGGGAUGGUGCGCGCCGCCGCCUUGGUCCGUGCCAUCGCCUCGGGGCCGCGCUGCCGCCCGGGCUACGCGUCGUCACCUCGAAAUCAAGAAGGGAAGUAAAGGGACGGGGUGAAUCCAUCUGCGUGAGGGAUGUGUUGGGGGCGCCAGCAACAAUGGAGGCCGGAGGGCUGGCGGGGACGCCGUGCCGCGCUGGUCAGGGGAGGGUGCGGCACGAGGGAGGCGAGCGCGAUUGCGCGAGUGCGAGAGGGCGGCGCUGA